GGGGGUCAAGAACAACAACAACAAGCCGCCAACAACGGCUCCAAUGACAAGCCCCACCGCAGCAGUUGCACCAUCAUCAUCAUCAUCACCACCUCCUCCUCCACCACCACCACCACCACCAGCACAAUCAGCGACGCCCCAGCACGACGAGCCGCCCCGUCCGAUGGAUUACUAUAACCACUACUUCUCGGCGCGCUCCCUCCGGCAACUCUCCCUCUUCCUCGGGGGAGCGGGCUUCUUCUACCUCUCCGUCAUGGUGUCGCGCCGCGCCGUGGCGCGCCACCGGCUCGCCUCGCGGCUCAAGUUCUACGAGCCCAACAACCUGGCCACCAGCUGGGGCCUCCUCAAGGACGAAGAGCUGCUCCGCGCCAUGCCCCGGCACAAGGACCCGCUGGUGGCGCUCGAGGCGCUCAACCUGGCCACGCUCAACACCGUGGCCUUCGCCGUCAUGGCCGCCGGCGGCGUGUCGUGGGCGCUCGACAUCUCGAACCUGGACGACCUCAAGAGGUACGCCCGUAGGAGGGCCGUCCAGUUCCGGGGAGAGAGGGACGAGGCGGCGGAGCGGGAGGUGGCCGAGUGGCUGAUGAAGACCUUUGGGAUCGAGGAGAAAAAGGGGUCGGGAGGGAAGGACGAGGGCGGCCGGCAGGGCGGCGGCGGCGACGGGGGGAAUGGGGCAGAAGGGGACGGAAAGAGGGCGCCAUGACCGGGCUGCGUGUCGUGGCCGGCCGGCGCUGCGGAGCUGAUGAUGGGAUCCGCCGGGGACGAAUCUCACUAGGUCGGUUAUGCAGCACUACUAUGGGGGCUGGUAGCUGUGCUUCGAUGUCUGGGCGUUGGGGGAACGCAUGCGAUGAUACGGUGGUUCUCGUUGAGAGACCGAUUGUAUGACCCAUCUGUACGAUAAUUAUACGGCAGCUGCGUUCGCCGGCUUACUUGACGGAACACGCAGUACUGUAUUCUUCUACACAGCACCUGGUGUUGCAGGACCAGCUUGGCUCCGUUUUAUGUGCUAGUUGCCGCGAAUUGGUACGAUGCAGAGGGUGUC